GUUUACUAGCAGGCGGCUAUACAUAAGUGUAAAGUGAUGCAAUUAUUUCAACAGCAGUAUUGAGUGAGAAGUAUUGAAGACAAACAUUUGUGAAAUUUUAUUCUAGUAGAUGAUGCAAUAUUAACAGUUUAAAAUUAUAUCUGUUAGUAAAGUUCAGGAACAAAAGUAAUCUGGUUAUUAGUGACAAUACAGUGACAUUAUUUAGCCAUACAGUGACAUUAUUUAGCCAUACAGUGACAUUAUUUAGCCAUACAGUGACAUUAUUUAGCCAUACAGUGACAUCAGUGUCAUUAUUUAGCCAUACAGUGACAUCAGUGUCAUUAUUUAGCCAUACAGUGACAUCAGUGACAUUAUUAAGCCAUGCCAGUGACAAAUGGGAUCAAAAUUAAUGGAAGCAAAUACUCCUAUGACGAUGUAUCUCGUAUCGCAAAAUCACUGCUGGACCGGGUGAAGUCACGUCCCCACAUCGGCAUUAUAUGCGGUUCGGGGCUCGGUGGGCUCGCAGACGUGUUAGAGAACAAGGAGGAAAUUAGCUAUUCUGAAAUUGAGGGCUUCCCAGUUAGCACAGUUCCUGGUCAUGCGGGUCGUCUGGUGUUCGGGUUGUUGGGCGGACAGCAGGUCGUACUUAUGCAGGGUCGGGCCCACUUGUAUGAGGGAUAUGACGUACACAAGAUCAUCCUACCGGUGAGAGUAAUGAAGCUGAUGGGUGUCCGCAUAUUGUUUGUGACGAACGCAGCAGGCGGGAUAAACCAAGAUUUCAAGGUUGGGGACAUCAUGAUCAUCAAGGACCACUUCAACAUGCCUGGGUUUGCUGCUGUCAACCCCCUCGUCGGACCAAAUGAUGAUAGGUUCGGGCCUAGAUUCCCGCCUGCCUCCCAGUGUUACAGUCUGCGACUACGAGAGAUCCUCCGCAAACAUGCGGAGAAGUUGGGGAUGAAUAGUUUCAUGCAGGAGGGCGUGUAUUGCUUUCUCGGGGGUCCGUCGUUUGAGACCGUCACGGAAUGUAGAUUCCUUAAGGUCGCAGGCGUGGAUGCCACUGGUAUGAGCACGGUUCCGGAGGUGCUGGUAGCGAACCAUUGUGGGAUGGAGGUAUGUGGAAUCUCGUUGAUUACGAACAGUUGCGUCAUGGAGUACGACUCGAAACAAGUCGCCAAUCAUGAAGAGGUGCUGGAAACCGGAGAGAAACGUGCCAAAGAUAUGCAGAAACUCAUCGGCGCUGUAGUAGCAGAUCUUUCUUAGGAUGGGUUUAUAUUAAUCGUUGUUAUUAAUUUUUAAUGUUUGUCAGAGUGAACUUAUUGUUAAGUUGUUGUAUUUAAUGGUAUCUUCUUAUCACAGGUUUUGCCAGUUGUUGCUUAGGCUUAAGAAAAUACUUCUGGUUUGGGUUACUGGACACUUACUAAGAAAUGGACCUUACAAUAUCUUUAAUUUGUCAAUAAAAAAAAAUUAAAAAUAUAUAUAUAUAUAUAUUUUAAGUGUGUGUUUUAAUAUGUAGUUAAUAGAAAGCUAUAAAGCUUUAUAGGAAAGAUGACCAAUGAUGGCAAUAACAUUCUAACAUUAAGCUUAAUAAAAUAUAUAAAAAGCCUACCCACCCUACCUGUCUUUGGACAAGAUUUAACUCUGUGUUUUGGUUUUAUCUUAAAUUAAUAAUGAUGUUAGGGAAGCAUUUGAUAUGUAAUGUUGUUGAUUUGUUGUAAAAUAAUGUCAAAUAUUUUCGAAUUAUGCACAAGUUGUUGAUAAGAACAUACAUGUGUAUGUGUUUUUCUUGAUCACUGCAAUGUGAUUUGCAAAAAAGAGUGGGUUAUACCCAAUUCAUUGAAAAGUCUGGAAUUUUAAAACUAGAAAUAAAAUGUUUAAAGAUUUAAUUUACUAUUGCAGAGUAUGAUUACCACAAAUAUUUUGGCUCUACUAAUAAGUUAAACUGUUUUUUUUUGCAUCAAUAGUAAAUAUAACUAGAUAAACUUUCUUAUAAGAUAAAAUUGCAUUAAAAUUUCAGAAUUUUUUAUUCUGAAAGUGUGAAUUUGCUGUGUAAAUCAUUGUAAGUUUAAAUAAUACUAGCUCUAGUAUAUGUCAUUAUGAAUCACAUAAUUACUGUUGAUUGUUAUAGUUAUUCAAGGAUUUAAUUUUCAUGAUUUUUCACAAAUCAAUAUUUCACAAGAGUUUAUUUUUCAAAAAUUUUCUUGUAUCAAUCUGGCUUGCAAAUUUAAAAUCCGUUUGCAAAAUAUUUGAUAUUAUCUUACGAAUUAAAAAAGACGAUGUGAAUUUGAAAUCUUGCAUUUUUGGGCAAAUCAAAAUGUUGAUGGAAAAAAAAGACCUUGCAAAUCAAAGCCAGCUAUAGGUUUUACCCGGUUUUAACACAUUCACCCUUGUAUACUCUUAAUAACAUAUCAUAUAUGUUAUAUAUACAUUGUUUUUGUUAGUGUUUUGCCUCCAUUAUGAAUGCUUUAGUCUUUUAAAUGAAGUUUAUUUGUUAUUGUUAUCAGUAAUCGUCCAAAUAUUCGCCAUGUAUGUUAGGUAUCUUUAUACACCUACCCUUUUCAUGCAAUUUUUACUCAUACUUAACAGAAGUAUUUCUUGUGUAUAAUAAUAUAGAAUUACUGUUUGUUUUUAAGCUAACAAUUGUUUUGCCAUUAUAAACUGGUGAUAUGAAAUAAUGAUUAAUUGAAAAUGCUAUUGUGAGAUUUUGCGUGUGAUGGGAUUGUGUUACUGCGAUGUGUUAUUCUUUGAUGUUUAUUUAAACGAUUGAUUAUGUUGGUUAAGUGUGACAAGUUGGUACUGAGUGCGAGUCAGGGCUGGUAUUAGUUUUAAUUGAUUCUCAGAAUGAUGUAGCUAAUCGGAUUACUUGUUAUUAAUAACUGACCAAUAGAGUGAAUGAAGUCAAUGAUGCUUAAUAAUAAGAUAAACUUAAGUUUUUUUAUUGAAUAAUAACCCUGAUUUAUAUGAAAGGGGUUCAAUAGAGCUUAAUGUAAAAAGAAAGCUCUCGAUUGGUUUAACUGUUAUGAAUAUUCAUAUCAGGGUGGUUCGGCAUCAUGGCAACUGGUCCAUGAGCCUCAUUUACAUUUAUUGACGUAGCAAACUUAGUUUAAACCUAUUUAUUUAAAAACAAUUGAGAACAAGUUAUUACAACAUUGUAUUAAUCACUCUUGUUGGCACGAUUUUACGCGAGAGAGUGGUCUGGUGUUGUGGGGGAAACCAGAGUACCCGAAGGAAACCCACUUGUCCUGCUUCGUCACCACAAACCAAAAUUACAUGCGCCUAGGCAAGGAAAUAAAACCCCUGUCUUCUAGGAGAGAAGCGAGUGUGUUAACCACUGCGCAAACUGGACAACCCAAAAACGGAGCAAACUUAAGCAUAAAUGAGACAUGUGUUAUAAUUUUAUUAUUGUUUUAAUAUAUACUCUCAUUUAUUGCAUUUUAUUUUACAUGAAAUAUUUAAGUUGAUUUAACUUUAUACCUCUGUUAUGCACAUUAAUCAAGAAACACGGGGGCCAUGUCAUCAACGAUCACAUCAUACAAAAUAUAUUUUUGUAUCCAUUUUUCGUAACGAAAUAUAAAUUUUGAAACCAAAAUUUGGCUGUUGGCUUAUUUAGAUUAAAAUAGUGAAAUUUCUGAAACUGGCUUUGUAUUAAAUUUAAAUUGUGAUUUAACCACGUCCUGUCCCAUGCUUAAAGGUCGUACGCCCGUUGAUAAUAUGACCCCAUAGUUUUUUCUCCUUGUGUGUUGGAGUGACCUUUACAAAUCAUAGAAUCAGGAAUUUGUGUUUUGUUUUGUUUGUAAUACCUUUAUAUAGAAGCAAAUGAAUAUUUGGAGGGAAUGUGUGUUCAAAUUAUGAAAAUAUUGAGUGUGUUUUUUAGAAUAUUCAGAGCGUUCUUUAUUGAAAAAAGUUUGAUCAUGUGUAAACAGGUCGACGAGUGAUCGCUGUUCCAAUUAUUUGGAUAUUUUUAUAUUAUUGCCAGCCAGUCAUUAAUAUAGUUUACUGUUUGACAAUUUGGUGUAUGGAAAUAUCUGAACGUUCAACGAAACAUUCAAUAUUCCUAACUAUGUACUUACGUAUGUUUGUUAUGAAAUGUUUCAAUCUUUUUUUAUCCUCACAGUAUGCUUAUAAUAUCUUGGUUCUAAAGGAUUCUGUACGGGAUAUUUUUCAAAACAAAGUUUUCCUUUUCAAUUAAGAAAAUAUAUGUUGUCUCAAUUGUUUUUAUCAUUAAUACAGUGUUUCAAUGUAAUUCCAUAAAAAAAAUAUUCCCCAAUCACUUGUAACACAUUAAUCAGUUUUAUACUCUUGAAAACAAUUCAGUCAAAAUUAAACUCUUGAGAUAUAAAUAAAUUGUAUUCCGAUUAGUUAGUAUUUAUGAUUUAGUAAUUUUGACUUGCAUUUUGUAUUUGCAUAGAUAUCCAUGAAUCUGAUUAACAUUCCAAUAUCACAAGAACAUUCAGUGUGAAGGAAAGAUUAUGCGUCAAUCAAUGUUUUGUCCUAUCUGGGUAUGGGUUUGGGUGGGGUAAGCAGGCAUUUAAUACAGGACUUUAGACAGUAGGUGAUCCCUGACAGGUGGUACUUUGACAGGCCAUGUCAGACUGCCAUUA